AUGAUAGGCUUGGCGAACUUGCCCAGGCUGAACGGACCAGGCGACACACCCAUUUUUUCCGCGUUGACCAUGAAGAAGAAAAUCACCAGCACGUACGACCAGUCGGUGGCGAUGGCGCAGACGGAGAAAAUAGCGUUCAUGGCGAUCGAGGAGCCGAGGUUGAUCAGGGUCAGCAGCGAGUUGAUGAGAGUGAUCAUCCACAGACAUCUGAGCGGCACACCGGUGGUCUUGUCGACGUUGUACCAGAACGACGCGAACGGAACGCCGCGCCUGUCUGCCCAUCGCGUAGUCAAACACCUGGACGAUCGGCUGGCCGGACGAGGUGUUGAGAAUCGCGUCGAGGUCGUCGCCCAUGCACAGCGUGUAGACGAUGUUGAGGAUCCAGCCAAGAAGCGCGGUCACGGUCAAGGCGGACGCAAUGGCCAGCGGCGUGGUGUACGCGGCGUUGCUGAUCUCCUCGGACAUUCUGGACGUGGCGUCGUAGCACGUCAUGACCCACGACACGUUCAAAAAGCCAAACAGGAAUGCCCAGCCGUCGUGCGACCAGCCCGUGCCGUUGAUGACCUUGGUGAAGACGUACUCCUUGGAAUUAAUUUUUGGGCACUUGACCAGCAUGGUGAUCAUGAGCGCGAUGACAGAGCCGAUGUUCACAAAACAGUAGUACUUGGUGAUUCUGGCGAGCACGGACGACGGCAGCGAGUUGAUGAGGCCGUGCGUGAUGAUCACAGCGAUCGACGCGCCGGUGAUGUGGCCGGCCGUCGGCACGUACUUGUAGUCGGAAGCCAUGGAAACGGUCUGCAGCAGCAGCGUGGCAGCUCCGAAAUCGGUCGAGCACGCUCCAGCCAUGGCCCCGAUGAAGUACAGCCAUCCGUCAAUCCAGCAGACAAGAGGCACGUGUUUUUUCGGCACGACGUGGGUGAUCACAUAGUACAUUCCACCGCAGGUCGGGAAACACGAGGUGAUAUGGGAGACCGAGUAAGCAAUGGCCAGGCAGCCAAACAUGCCGAUGAACCACGACCACGACGCAGCGGCCGGGCCGCCGGCCCACAGCGGAUACAGAUAGGUGAUGGCGACGGUUCCCAUGAGCCCAGAGAUCGACAGGGCGAACGAAAACGUUGCCAAGAAAGAGUAGCUUCUGUUGAACUCCUGCUUGUAGCCGAGAUGGGCCAGCUUGGCGGCGUCGGAGUCCAGAGUCACUCGUGGAGACACUGUUGCGUGCAAAUUGGCUUUUUCCAGGUCUUUGGUCAUGUUUGGAAUCUUCGAGCAGAAGAAGGACAGAGGUAUUUGUAG